CCACUUCCCCAGCCAGCCGUGCCAGGGUCAUCUUGUUUUUCAAUGAACAGGACUUCCCCGGUAGAGUCAAGGUUGUUGGGGCCUGUUCCCCGCCCGCUCGCUCCGCGGUUAUAAAUAGAAUCAGAAGCCAGUCCGGGGAUGGUGCGCCAAGCAGGCAGAGUAGCUGCUCGGGCCUGGAGGGAGGGAGGGAACCGUCUUGGACUGGCAACGGCCGGAGGGAGUCGCCUUUCUUUCUCGCCCAGCUUUCCAGCCCCAGCCAUGAGCGUGGGUGGGCCGGCUGCAGGCUCCAGAGCCUGCCAGUGCCAAGGUGGAGAGAGCCAACACGCCAUUCUGUAUUCCUUGCUGAGCAGAUCCCGGGGCCCCUCACCUCCCGCGCACUGCCUCUGUGCCCGGAGCCGCACGGUGUGCCUCCGGGCUCCCCAGCACACCUGCCUCGCAGCGGCAGGUGUGCUGGCCAAAACAGUUGCUUUCCUGCGGAACCUGCCCUCCUUUGGCCUGCUGCCGCCGGGGGACCAGAGGCUACUACUGGCCAACUGCUGGGCCCCCCUCUUCCUCCUAGGACUGGCCCAGGAUGCAGUCACCUUUGAGGUGACCGAGAUGCCAGCCCCCAGUAUGCUCAAGAAGAUUCUGCUGGAGGAGAGGAGCCCAGAACCCCAAAGACCCCAGCCCACCCUGGCAGGGGUACAUCGACUCCAGUGCUGCCUCCAUACCUUCUGGAGUAUGGAUCUGAGUCCCAAGGAGUAUGCCUACCUCAAGGGGGCUAUCCUCUUUAACCCUGACACACCUGGCCUCCAGACCGUUUCCUACAUUAAAGGCUUGCAUCAGGAGGCAGAGCAGGCCCUCCAGGAGGCUUUGGCACUCCAUCACCCUGUGGACCGGGGCUGCUUUGCCAGAAUCCUACUUGUGACAUCCACUCUUAAGUCCAUCCCUCCUGCCCUGCUCAGCUCUCUCUUUUUCCAUCCAAUGUUUGGGGAUGCUGACAUCACCAGCUUCAUUGUGGACAAGUUGUUCUUGACUUAACCUCGAGGAGGGUGCCCCUUCUCACUUCCAAAUGCAUUCAGGACCCAGAGGCACCUCGCCUCGUUUACAACACUGCAGAGACUCGGUUUUGAGCUUGUCAAAGAACUUGCUCUGAGGACUGUGCCUCUGAGGAUAGAAUCUGGACUGGCUCAGGACAGGACUCACCCACUGUGCUCAGUCCUGAGCAUUCCUCAGAUCCAGCCUCUGUACCCCUCUUUAAUAGGUGCCAAACCCACGUGGGAUGGGGAUGCUUAUUAGCUCAGCUCCAAUGGUGGACUCUCAAAGACUCACAGCUGGAAAGGAUCUCUGAAGGCAUUUAUUAUUUGAAUAGGAAUUCCCUCUGCAUCCUACUUCUUGACUCAUAAUCUUAAAGGCUUCUCAAGAUGGCGAAUUCAGACCCUCCAAUCUACUGGUUUUGAGGGAUUGGGAAUCAGUCAAUAGGAAAAUAAUGGAGAGAGAGCGGCCUAUAUUUAUUAAAUUCUACAAACAUUUAUUAAGUAGCUGCUGUGUGCCAGAUGCUAUAUUAGGUGCUGAUGAUACAAAAGCAAAAAGGAAACACAUCCCUUGUUUCUUGUGGAAUGCCCAUGUGCUAAGAGUAUUCCACAUCUUAGAAAUUCCCCUUUUCCUCUCUGCAUCCUCUUCCUAUACUUUAUAAUCCAAGGGUUUUUAACUCUUUUUGUGCCAUGGAUUAUUUUGGCAAUCUAGUGUAGUCUACGGACCCUUUUGCAGAAUAAGAACUUUUUUAAAAAAUCACAAUUGGAGGAAAUGUACAAUCUCAAUUAGAAGUUAGUAAGCAUAAAGAUGCAAUUUUUUUCUCAUUCAAGUUCAUGGGUCUCCUGAAGUCUAUUUCUCACAAGGAGUUGAAGUUCAAAUUAAAGACCCCUGUUCUAAAUCUUUCCUGGGAUUGACCAGUCAGAUGCAAGUCUGUGCAACACUCUCCCAAAAUGGGUGAAAUUACACUCAAAAAUGGCCCCAAGGGGACAAAAAUUUGAAACAGCUUACUUUCAUCAAGAAUUUUCCCAUCACCCACUAGGUCUCUAGAAAUAUGAGUAGCCCAGCACUGACACAUAGGCUAUUUGGGGUCACCACCUUCCUACUGUCUAGGGGGAGGGUAUCUCAGUUUCUUUGAACCAUCUCCCUAGUUUUUUCCCACAGGCACCAAAGGAAAAAAGUUAUCUAUCCAUUUUGAGCCUGGAGUGUGGUCAGUGUACCAUUCAUUCCCUCUCCCACCUGAUGACUGUGAAUUUGGACUCUUCAUAAGCUAAGGCACUCUGAAACUUGUACAGAACUAAUUUAAGUUAUUGGUUUUUUAAUAAAAGAUUUUCAUAUCCUUGGAACUCAA